UGUCGAUUGUUACCAUAGUAACUCAACAACGCCGCAACGACGGAAAGCACCUUUAUACCUGAUUUAACCCGUGUUUAACCCGUGUUUAGCCCAGGUUUAACCCGUGUUUAAAGCCGUGUUUAGCCCGUGUUUAACCCGUGUUUAAAGCCGUGUUUAACCCGUGUUUAGCCCGUGUUUAACCCGUGUUUAGCCCGUGUUUAAAGCCGUGUUUAGCCCGUGUUUAACCCGUGUUUAGCCCGUGUUAUCAGUGACUCGGCUGUCUGACACUGAUGGGCAGACCAAAGUACUUCACUCCGGCUGAGGUGGCCGCUCACAACACAGCUGCCGACCUGUGGGUGUCUCUCCUGGGCAAAGUGUGUGACCUCACCCCGCUGAUGGACCAAUACAAAGGUGACGCGCUCCUCUUACCCAUCAUGGAGUGUGCAGGAAAGGACAUCAGCUUCUGGUUCGAUCCUGAAACCAAAGACGUGCAGAAACAUGUCGAUCCACUGACUAACUGUGUGAGGUACUACACCCCCAGGGGUCGUUUCGUGCACAUCCCCCCCGCCGGCCCCCGCUCCGACUGGGCCAGCGCCAUCGGGCCACCCUGGUGGAGGGACAAGACGUACGAGGUGGGACUGCUGACCUCUAAAACCAGGUGGAUACGAAUCAUCAACACGCUGACGUCACAGGAGCAGCUGCUGGAGGUGUGUUCAGAGGAGACUCUGGCUGAGAUCCUCCAGCGUUACCUGCACUACAACUCCCAUGCCUGCAGCUACACCUGGAAACAUGACGGAGCUCCUCUGGACAUGAGCAGGACGCUCAGCGAGAACGACGUCCUCGAUGACGACCCUGAACUGGAACAGCUUCGACUGGACCGAGACCUCUUCACCCCCGCCAUCCUACUCCACUUCAACGACGACCUCACAGAGGGAUGACCUCUGACCUCACCCAGUUCAGACUCCUGGUACUUUACAGACAUUUUAGAUUUUUACAGUUUGUCAUUUCCUGACAAACCCGGCAAGAAAACUGUUGGACUGGACACUGCUGGUUCAGAGGUUCUGUUCUGGUUCAGAGGUUCUGUUCUGGUUCAGAGGUUCUGUUUGGCAUAUGAAGUUGAUGAAUUCUGUUAAAGAAAAUAAAGUUCAGUUUCUGUUAAAUAAGAAAUAAACAUCCAAAUGUUCACAACACUAUGAAGGAAUUUAGACCAACCAGGACUCACCUGUU